CCCCCAACGUCCUCAACCUAUCCCUUCCCACCAGGCCUGGGUGAUCUAUCCGCUUGCCUCCCGCUAGAGAUAAUCAAUGAGAUCCUCCUCUUCCUCGACAUCUGCUCUCUCUUAGCCUUCCGCCGGGUCAACACAGUCGCCCUCGCAGCCAUAAACGCUCUCCCUGAAUACCGGGCGAUAAUAACCCAUGCGCCAGACGUCGUCCGUGCCUACCUCGCCACGAACCUCUCCUCGCACGCAAACAUCGGCGAGCUCUUCCAAGCACUCACGAGCAAGCUGUGCAGCUACUGCAAUUCAUUCGGAGCCUUCAUAUUCCUUCUAGAGUGCAGGCGCGUAUGCUGGCACUGCCACACUCAGGACCCAGAAUUGCUCCCGAUAUGUCGCGGCCUCGCGGCGGUCUCAUUCGGGGUUUCACCGGAGGCAUUGGUGGGGUUGCCGGCACUGCGGCCGGUCCCGGGGACCUACACGUUGCGGGGGAUUUACUGCAGCUUUCCACGGGAUCCCACGCCGCUGGUGUCGCGUGCCGCCACGAGGAGAUUGGCGGUGAAGGUUCACGGGAGCGAAAAUGCCGUUGGGGCGUUCGUCGGCGCUCAACGGGAAUCGCAACUCUCUAGUUAUCGCAUGCAGAAGGCUGUGUACAAUAACAUACACAAAUCGCUAUACUCGUACCCGGCUUCCAAACGCGCCCCCGGCGAACCGGCCUACUACGCCGACAAGGACAACAAGGACGAUGAUGUCCGUAGGUACCAGGGGGUUGCUCCCCUCCCCGUGUUGAACCCCCGCACGGGAAUGCUGGAGCAUGGCGUUUGCUGCGUCGGUUGCGAUGUGGCGUACUCGAAAGCCCCGACCGUGGCGCACUAUAUCCCUUUCGGAAGGGUCGGCUGGCUGCGGCGGAAGCACGAGAUGUUUGGCGAGGAGGGGGGCUUCCUGGAACACUUUCUCGCGUGCGAGCAGGCGAGGAGUAUUUGGGAGGCCUGGAAGGAGAAGGGGGUUGUGGUGCCU